GCCGCCGCCCUCUCGGCUCCCAGGGGCGCGGAGGUGGUCUCCCUUCGCGCUUCGGGCCACGCGCGGUUUCCCGCUCCGAGAUUGCCGCGGGGCUGUCGGAGGCCCCGGACGGUGCUGGGGCGCAGCCGGCGCCGCCCUCCGCGCUCCCUACCAGUAGGCCGAUUCGGGUGGUCGCAUCCGGUGGGGAAAUGGUCGUGCUUUCGGUGCCCGCCGAAGUCACUGUGAUCCUGUUAGAUAUCGAAGGUACCACAACCCCGAUUGCUUUCGUGAAGGACAUUUUAUUUCCUUACAUCAAAGAAAAUGUUAAAGAGUAUCUGCAGACACAUUGGGAAGAAGAGGAGUGCCAGGAGGAUGUCGGUCUUUUGAGGAGACAGGCUGAAGAGGACUCCCACCUGGAAGGGGCUGUCCCAAUCCCUGCUGUGUCUGACAAUGGGGCGGCUGACCUGCAACAGGUGAUCCAGGCCGUGGUGGAUAAUGUGUGCUGGCAGAUGUCUCUGGACCGAAAGACCACGGCGCUGAAGCAGCUGCAGGGCCACAUAUGGAGGGCAGCGUUCACAGCGGGGCGCAUGAAGGCAGAGUUCUUUGAAGAUGUAGUUCCAGCAGUCAGGAAAUGGAGAGAGGCCGGAAUGAAGGUGUAUAUCUAUUCUUCAGGGAGUGUAGAGGCACAGAAACUCUUAUUUGGGCAUUCUACAGAGGGAGAUAUUCUUGAGCUUUUUGAUGGUCACUUUGAUACCAAGAUUGGACACAAAGUGGAGAGUGAGAGUUAUCGAAAGAUUGCAGACAGCAUUGGGUGCUCGACCAACAACAUCUUGUUUCUGACAGACGUAACUCUAGAGGCCAGUGCUGCGGAGGAAGCGGAUGUGCACGUAGCCGUGGUGGUGAGACCUGGUAACGCGGGCUUAACGGAUGAUGAGAAGACCUACUACAGCCUCAUCACCUCCUUCAGCGAACUGGACCUGCCUGCCUCACCCUAGGCGCUUCAAAGGACCUCAGAGGAAGACCAGACUGUCUCCACAGAGUUGUCCCUGUAGUCUAGUUUUAUUCUAAUGGUGAAAGUAACUUACUUAAAGAAAUACAUAGAUAGACACACGUAUGUAUGCAAGCAUAUAUAUGUGUAUGUUCAAAUUACCUUUCACAGGCGAUUAAGUGGAAAAAAAAUCUGUUCCUUAUUUAAAGAUGCUUUAUAUGUAGACAUUGUUUGAAACCACAACUUUAACCUUUAUUGAGGGCAAAAUAUACUGGAUAGAAGAAAUUGCUACAAUACAGAUCAAAUGUGUUAUGUUUAUCAAGUUGUGCACAAAAAUGGAAAGGUAGGUUUGAGAAGUUAUUCAGAAGCCUUGUUGUUUUAAAAACUGGAAGUAUUCUAAAAACUUAUUCUUAAUAAUCAUCCUCCCUAUAUACAAAAGACAAAGCUGUUUGUUUCUGCUCCAAAAGAGAGCAAAAUUGGGAAAGGAAACUCAUUUGAGUCUUGAUUAAUAAAGUGUCACUUAAGAAACUUGCUAAUCAUCGUGGCACUCACAGCAAGCAGUUGCCUUACCAAUGAAAAUGGUGCAUUGAUGCAACAGCUAAAAUAGAAAUGUGGUUCUUAAUGUUUAACAAAACUGUCCUAAUCCUGCCAGUUGUUGUCAUUAUAGAUUUUAUAGUCACCUUUCUAACUACUUAGCACAGUUUGAGAAUAUAUGUUAAUUGCUAUUUACUAUUAAAGAAAGGUUUACUGAAAUCACUCCAUAAAACCUAGAAGAGCCCUAAUGUGUAAUAUUUUCCUCUGAAAUAGAUGUGAGAAAUGUAAAUUUUAUAAUAGCAUUAUUUAUCCUGGUUCAGUUCUGAUGGGAUGUCAUGUCAAUUUCAUGUUGUGAUUAAUAAAAACAUUUUCUUCUUCACUCAGUUUUAUGUAGGUCCCUAAACUAUACCACAUAGUGCCAUAAGCAAAAGAGAAAGUAAAGAGAGAUUGAAAAAUGAG